CGCAGCCUUCGGUGCAGUCGUCAUUCCCGUCUGGCUACCAGCUCCCCGCUGCCCUGCGCACGGCGGGCUGGCACGGGGCCUGGGGAAAGCGGAGCAGUCUGUCGGACAGUAGUUCGGUGUGGUACGGUUUGUGGUGAGGCGAGGGAAGAAGGAGAGGAGAAAACUGCACAGGAUCCAUGGAGGCCUGCAGUAGGGCUGUUUACUGCUGAAAGCAAGAGAAAGAGGGGAAGGCUGGCCUGGAACCAUGCAGAUCUGCCUGCAUGUCUGCUGUGGGGUUUGAGGUCACUGGAAACAAAGAAGCACGGAGAAAAUUGCCCCUGAUCAAUAUAGACUGGUCCAAAGAUCCCAUGAGUUUAUAUGCUGCAUCUACUUUAGGGUGUAUCACCAAGCAAGAGAAGGAAAGAGGAGGGAACAGUCUCGGAUCAUUACAGGUCCACUUCCAGUCGCAGCUGUAGUGGCCUUUGAAUGGCUGAAGACCAGCGCCCUCACAGGCCUACACCCAGACCUAUCACCCUCUUUCCCCAGCCCGAGUGAGCCCCCUGUACCUUGUUCGUGCCUUCAGCAGGGGUGAUUACAUGGGCCGCAUUCAGGAAUUGGGCUGGGUGACUGCAGGACUGGUGAUCUGGGCAGGCACCUGCUACUACAUUUACAGAUUAACCAAGGGAAGAGCCCAGAGUGUCAGGAGACUUGCCAGAAAUGGGUCCAGAGUCAAGAUGGAGACUGUGGUUGGGGUACAGAACCAGACCUUGGCCAUGAGUGAAGCCAUGGCUGGUGCAGAGAUUGAGACUAGACCCAAGGCCAAGACUGGAGCAGAAACUGGAACAGGAGGUGAGCCUGGGGAUGAAGUAGAGACCAAGAUCACUGCUAUAGUGAGACCCAAAGACAGCUCUCCGGCCAAGGCAAUGGCUGGGGCAGAGGCAGAGACCCAAUCUAAGGCCAAAGAGGUGGCUGGAACAGUGGUUAUGACAGAAGCAGUGACUCUGACUGAGGCCAAGGCAAAAGCUGCUGAAGUUGCCAUGAAAGAGGCAGUGACUCAAACUGAUGCUGAGGCUGGGAGAAUAGUCAAGAAAGAGGCAGUGACUCAGACCAAAGCUAAAGCAGGGGCACUGGUUGCCAGGGCAGAGGCCAAGAAAGAAGCAAUGACCCAAACCAAAGCUGAAGCCCGCAUAUUGGCUGAAAAAGAGACAGAGAUUAAUAGAGUAAUUGUGACACAGAGUGAGGCCUUGGCAGAGACCAAGGAAGUGACCAAGAUGUGGGCCACGAAUGAGACUGAAAUUGUGGCUGAGACCAAGGCAAGAGCUCUGGAAGAGACUGUGAGUGUGGCUAAGACUCAGUCUGAGGCCAGGCCUGGUGCCACAGUUGAUGCUAAGGGAAAUUUUAAUGGCAUUUCUGGGUCAGUGGCUGGAGUGGAUGUGAAGUCCUGCGCACAGUCUCAGGCUGUGGCCGAGAUCCAGGGUGAUAACAUGCCUGGUGCUGGGGUUGAAGACAAGGGGAAUUGCAAAACCAUGCCUGGAGCAGGGUCUGGGGCAGACAUGAGGGCUUCUGCUCAACCUCAAAUUGUUGCCAAGGCCCACACUGAGGCCAUGCCUGGGGCAAGGGUUGAUGCUGGGGGUAAUACCAAUGCCAUAUGUAAGGUAGGGGCAGGGGCAGAUAUGAGAGCUUGUGUCCAACCUCAGAUGGUGGCCAAAAAACAGGCUGAGGCAACGUCUGGUACCAGGGUUGACGGUAGGGGAAAUAUCAGUGUCAUAACUAAGGCAAUGACUGGAGCUGAAAAGAAGGCUGCUGCUCAGCCUCAAGCUGUAACCAGUGCUCAGGCUGAGGCCACGCCUGAUGCCAGGGUUAAGGGUAGAGGCAAUCCCAAUGCCCUGGCUAAAGCAGGGGUCAAGGAAAACUUGAGGGACAAUUCACAGGCUGAGGCCUUGCCUGAUACCAGGGAUAAGACCAGAGGCAAUACUGCUAUCAUGGCUAAAGCAGGGGCUGGGACAGACGUAUUGUCCUGUACUCAGCCUCAGCCUGUGGACAAUAUACAGGCUGAUGCCUUGCUUGAUGGCAGAAUUAAGGCUAAUGGCAAUGCCGACACCAUGUCUAAGGAAGGAGCUGGAACAGACACAAAGGCGCAGCCUCAGGCUACAGCCCAGAGCCAAGGUGAAGCUUUACCUAAUACCAGAGGUAAGGCUAGGGGAAAAGCCAAAGCCAAAGGUAAAGCAGGGGUUGGAACAAACAUGAAAACCUGUGCACAGCCUCAGAGUGGAGCCAGGACCCAAGCUGAGGCCUUGCCUGAUUCCAAGGUUGAUGGUAGGGGCAACCCUAAUGCCAUUUCUAGAGCAGGAGCUAAGGCAGACCAGAGGGCUUGUGGUCAGCCCCAAGCUGUGGCUAAUUCCCAGGGCGAGGAUUUGCCUGGUUCCAAGAAUAAGGUCAGGGGCAAUCCCAAUGCUGUGCCUAAGGCAGAGGCUGGGGCAAUUACAAUGGGUUCUGCCCAGUCCCAGUCUGUGGCCAGUUCCCAGGCUGAGGCCUUGCCUGGUGCCAAGAAUAAGGUCAGGAGCAAUCCCAAUGCUGUGCCUAACACAGAGGCUGUGGCCAGUACAGUAGCCUCUGUCCAGCCCCAGGCUGUGGCCAAUUCCCAGGGCGAGGCUUUGCCUGGUACCAAGAAUAAGGUCAGGGGCAAUCCCAAUGCUGUGCCUAAGGCUGGGGCUGGGGCAGAUACAAUAGGCUCUGCCCAGUCUCAAGUUGUGGCCAGUUCCCAGGGUGAGGCCUUGCCUGGUGCCAAGAAUAAAGCCAAGGGCAAUCCCAAUGCUGUGCCUAAGGCAGGGGUUGAGGCAGAUACAGUGAGCUCUGCCCAGCCCCAGGCUAUGGCCAAUUCCCAGAGUGAGACCUUGCCUGGUACCAAGAAUAAGGUCAGAGGGAACCCCAGUGCUAUGCCUAACACAGAGGCUGGGUCAAGUACAAUGGGUUUUGCCCAGCCCCAGGCUAUGGCCAAUUCUCAGGGUGAGUCCUUGCCUGGUGCCAAGAAUAAAGCCAAGGGCAAUCCCAAUGCUAUGCCUAAGGCCGGGGCUGGGGCAGAUACAAUGGGCUCUGCCCAGCUUCAGGUUGUGGCCAGUUCCCAGGCUGAGGCCUUGCCUGGUGCCAAGAAUAAGGUCAAAGGGAAUCCCAAUGCUGUGCCUAAGGUAGGGGUCGGGGCAGAUACAACGGACUCUGCCCAGCCUCAGGUUGUGGCCCAUUCCCAGGGUGAGGCCUUGUCUGGUGCCAAGAAUAAAGUCAAGGGCAAUCCCAAUGCUGUGCCUAAGGCAGGGGCCAGGGCAGAUACAAUGGGCUCUGCCCAGCCGCAGGCUGUAGCCAGUUCUCAGUGUGAAGCCUUGCUUGGUGCCAAGAAUAAGGUCAAGGGCAAGUCUAAUGCUGUGUCUAAGGCAGGGGCUGGGGCAGAUACAAUGGGCUCUGCCCAGACUCAGGUUGUGGCCAGUUCUCAGCGUGAGGCCUUGCCUGGUGCCAAGAAUAAGGUCAAGGGCAAUCGCAAUGUUGUACCUAGGGCAGGGGCUGGGGCAGGUACAACAGGAUCUGCCCAGCCUCAGGUUGUGGCCAGUUCCCAGGCUGAGACGUUGUCUGGUGCAAAGAACAAGGUCAAGAGCAAUCCCAAUGUUGUGUCUAAGGCAGGGGCUGAAGUAGAUACAACAGGCUCUGCCCAGCCCCAGGCUGUGGCCAAUUCGCAGAGUGAGACCUUGCUUGGUGCCAGGAAUAAGGUCAGGGGCAAUCCCAGUGCUGUGCCCAAGGCAGGGGCUGGGGCAGGUACAUUGGGCUCUGCCCAGAGUCAGACUGUGACCAAUUCCCAGGGUGAGACCUUGCUUGGUGCCAGGAAUAAGGUCAGGGGCAAUCCUAAUGCUAUGGCUAAAGCAGGGGCAGGGGCAGGUAGAAGGAGUUCUGCCCAAAGGCAGACUGUGGCCAAUUCCCAGGGCGAGACUUUGCCUGGGGCACGGGACAAGGCUAUGCCCAGAUCUGAGGCAAAAGCCAUAGCAGAAGAUGUUGUCUAUGCAAAACCUGAGGCUGAGGCCAUGCCCACUUCUGAGAGUGAAGGUGGGUCAGAUGCUCAGGCCUGCAGAAAGACUCAGCCUAACAUCCAUGACUACUACUGGAAUGGGAUUGGUGUUGAGGAUUGGAUUGCUGCUGAGCGGUGGAUCAAAUUUAGGUUUCAGGCCAUGGAUGGAGACUGGGAGAAUAGCAUGUCCUGGGCUGAUGAUGAGAAUGAAGCCAAUAUUGUGUCCUGGAGUGGGGCUAGUGAUAAGGCUGGUGUUAUUGGGUCCUGGGCUGUGGCUUGUGAUGAGGCCAGCAUUAAGUCCUGGGCUGGGGCUAGGGCUGAGAAUGAGGUUGGUGUUGGGUCCUGGACCGGAGCUGGGGACCAGGCCAGUGGAGGGGUCUGGGCUGGAGGUCUGACUAGUGAGGGGUCCUGGGCUGGGGACAAGGCCAGUGGGGGUUCCUGGACACAGACUGAAAACAAGACCAUUGUGGGGUCCUGGACUGGGCAUGAGAACCAGGCCAAUGGGGGGUCUUGGGUUAUCUCUGGGAAUCAGGCCAUUGGAGGGCUCUGGGCUGGGGGUCAGGCCAGUGAGGGGACCUGGCCUGGGGGCCAGGCCAGUGGGGUGUCCUGGGCUGGAGAAGAGGCCAUGGGAGGGUCCUGGAUUGGGGUUGGGAGCCAGGAUAGUGGGGGGUCUUGGAUUGGGGCUAGUGCUGCGACUAUGGGUAGUGUUGUGUAUUGGGCUGGGACUGUGGACCAGGCUAGUAUAGCGUCCUGGACUGGGAUUGGUAAUCAGUCUGGUGAUGGAUCCAAGCCUAGACUUGAGGAUCAGGCCAGUGAACAAGGGUCCUGGGCUGGAGCUGGUGGCCAGCCUAGUGGAGGGUCCAGCUUGGGGCCUGAGGACCAGUCCGGUGUAAGGUCUUGGGUUGACACUGCAGACCAAAUUAGUGGAGGGUCCAGGCUGGGGCCUGUAGACCAGUCCAGUGGUGGGUCCUGGGCUGACAAUGGUGACCAGGCUGAUGGAGGGUCUAGGCCAGGGUCUAUGGACCAAUCCAGUGGUGGGUCCUGGGUUGGCACUAGUAACCUGGCCAUGGGAGGGUCCUGGACUGGGACUGGUGAUCAGUCUGGUGGUGGGUCCAAGCCUAGAUUUGAGAAUCAGGCCAGUGAAGAAGGGUCAUGGGCUGGGGCUGCUGGCCAGGCUGGUGGAGGGUCCAAGUUGGGGCCUGAGGACCAGUCCAGUGGAAGGUCCUGGGCUGACUCUGGGGAUCAAAUCAGUUCAGGGUUCUUGGUUGGAGCUGUGGACCAGGCCAAUGGAGGAUCCUGGGCCGGGGCUGGGGAUCCGGCUAGUGGUGGGGCAAAGCCUAUAUUUGAGGAUCAGGCCAGUGGAGGAGGGUCCUGGGCUGAUGCUGGGGACCAGACUGGUGGAGGAUCUAGACUGGGGUCCAGGGGCCAGUCCAGUGGAGAGUCCUGGGCUGGCACUGGGGACGAGGCCAGUGGAUGGUUCUUUGCUUGUACUGGGAGUCAGACCAACGGAGGAGGGACCUGGGCUGGCACUGUGAGUCAGGUCAGUGCAGGGUCUUGGUCUGGAGCUGGGGAUCAGGCUGGUGGCUGUUCCAAAUCUGGAUUUGAGGAUCAGGCCAUUGGAGGAGGGUUUUGGGCUGGUACUGGGGCCCAAGCCAGUGUUGGGUCCAGGCCAGGGCCUGUGGAUCAAUCCAGUGGAGGAGGUUCCUGGGGUGGGGCUGGUGGCCAGGUCAUUGGUGUGUCUAGGCCAGGGCCUGCAGACCAGUCCAGUGGAGGGUCCUGGGCUGGCAGUGGGAGUCAGGCCAGUGGAAGGUCCUGGGUUGAGGCUGGGGAUCAGUCUGGUGGCUGUUCCAAACCUGGAUUUGAGCAUCAGACCUGUGGAGGAGGCUCCUGGACUGGUGCUGGGGAGCAGGCCAGUGGAGAGUCUUGGGCUGGGUCUAUUCCUGGGAAUGAGGCCAGUGGAGGGUCUAGGCUGGGGCCUGAGGAUCAGGCCAGUGGAGGGUCCUGGGCUAGAUCUGAGGACCAGGCCAGUGGAAGAUUCCAGGUCAGUGUUGAGGUAGAGGCUAAUGAAGGAUUCUGGUUUGGCCCUGGGAGUGAGGCCUUUAUAGGGUCUUGGUGCUGGACAGAGGAAAAGACUGAUAUUGUUUCCUUGCCUGAUAAUAAGGAUGAGACUAGUACUGAAUCCAGAUCAGGGGCUGGGGAAGAGGCCAUCAUUAGUUCUGGGCUUGGGGCUGAGACCAAGGCCAGUACGAGGUCCUGGACUGGAUCUGAGGGGGCAGCAUAUGUAGGUUCCUCUGUGGAGGCUGGGGCUGAGGCUGGGACUGUGACUGGAGCUGAGGCUGGAGCUGAAGCUGGAGCUGAGGCUGGAGCUGAGGCUGUGGCUGUGGCUGGAGCUGAGGCUGUGGCUGUGGCUGGAGCUGAGGCUGGAGCUGAGGCUGGAGCUGAGGCUGGGGCUGAGGCUGGGACUGUGACUGGAGCUGAGGCUGGAGCUGAAGCUGGAGCUGAGGCUGUGGCUGAGGCUGGAGCUGAGGCUGGAGCUGAGGCUGUGGCUGAGGCUGUGGCUGAGGCUGGAGCUGAGGCUGGAGCUGAGGCUGUGGCUGAGGCUGGAGCUGAGGCUGGAGCUGAGGCUGUGGCUGAGGCUGGAGCUGAGGCUGGAGCUGAGGCUGUGGCUGAGGCUGGAGCUGAGGCUGGAGCUGAGGCUGUGGCUGUGGCUGGAGCUGAGGCUGGAGCUGAGGCUGGGGCUGUGGCUGGAGCUGAGGCUGGAGCUGUGGCUGGAGCUGAGGUUGGAGCUGAGGCCAACAUGGGGUCUUGGUCCUGGGACGGAGAUGCAGCCACUACAGAGUCUAUGCCUAGGGCUGGGAAAGAGGCUGGAAUAGGGUCCUGGACUUUGGCUAGGGAUGUAGAUGAUGAUGAGCUAAGUACAGCAUCCAGCCCUGAUAUUGAGGAGAUCAGUUUAAGGUCUUUGUUUUGGGCUGAAAGUGAGAACAGUAAUGAGUUCAAAUACAAGAGUGGUAAAGAUGUCAACUGUGAGUCUGGGGCUGGGGAUAAGGCCAGCAUCCAGGAUACUUUUGAGGCUGCUGGUGGAUUCGAUAUAAGGUCUUGGUUCUGUGCUGAUAAUGAAAACAGAGGUGAGGACAAAUCUGCACCCAAGGCUAAAGCCAAAAAAUCAGCUGAGUCAAGAGGCACAUACCCGUCCAUGGUCCCUGGGGCAGGAAUGGGGUCAUGGGAUGGAGCCAUGAUCUGGUCGGAAACGAAGUUUCCACACCAAAAUGAGGCCAGCUUCCUAGCUGAAGAUGAGUUCAGAAAGCAGAUCGGGACUGGGGAGAAAGUUCGGCCCUUGUCCUGCCGCUGUAAACACGAAGCUAAUAUGGAUCCACGAGAGCUUGAAAAACUCAUUUGCAUGAUUGAGAUGACUGAAGAUCCUUCUGUUCAUGAAAUAGCCAACAAUGCUCUGUAUAACAGUGCUGAUUAUCCUUAUUCCCACGAAGUUGUUCGUAAUGUAGGUGGAAUCUCAGUUAUUGAAAGCUUGCUAAAUAAUCCCCACCCCAGUGUUAGGCAGAAGGCUUUAAACGCACUGAAUAACAUCUCGGUGGCUGCUGAAAACCACAGAAAAGUUAAAACAUACUUAAACCAAGUAUGUGAAGACACAGUCACCUAUCCCUUGAAUUCAAAUGUGCAGCUGGCUGGACUAAGAUUGAUAAGGCACUUGACUAUUACUAGUGAAUAUCAGCAUAUGGUUACAAAUUAUAUUUCAGAAUUUCUUCGUUUGUUAACUGUGGGAAGUGGAGAAACUAAAGACCAUGUUUUGGGAAUGCUUUUGAAUUUCUCUAAAAAUCCAUCCAUGACAAAAGACUUGCUCAUUGCCAAUGCACCAACAUCACUGAUUAACAUUUUUAGCAAGAAAGAGACAAAAGAGAAUAUUCUUAAUGCUCUUUCACUGUUUGAAAAUAUAAAUUACCAUUUUAAAAGAAGAGCAAAAGCAUUUACCCAGGACAAGUUCAGUAAAAAUUCCCUUUAUUUCCUAUUCCAACGACCUAAAGCAUGUGCCAAGAAACUUCGAGUCCUAGCUGCAGAAUGCAAUGACCCUGAAGUGAAAGAAAAAGUUGAGCUAUUAAUAAGUAAACUCUGAUUGGCUGUAUGUUUCCAAACAAAUUUGAGUAAUAUUUUGAUUUUGCAGCCUGGAAGUAAUGCACAUGGUAUAUUGCAUUAUGACUUCAAAACUGAUAUUACCUAUGAUGGUCUAUAGCUGGCCCAUUUAUGAAAACCAGAUGAAUUCAAACUUGUACUGAAAAUACAUGUGUUGAUUUUUAUCUUGUCCGGAUUGAGAUAUUUUUAGUAUGCUUCAUGAGCAGAAACUGAACUGAUUCUCCAUAAGUAAGGUAAUCUUUGGUCCUUUGUGUGGACUUAUGUUUAUACAUUUGAGCCUUUAUUUUUAUGUCAUCAAUAAAGUUGUGUGUUUUAAGCAGCAGAAAAAAAAGUCAUUGUCCUUGUCCUUGAGUUUAUGAACUAUUGGGAAAGGCAAGA